AUGUAUGAUAAAAACGGAGUGUAUUUUGAAUCGUCGAUACUCAUUAUUGAAGGUACAGCACUGAUCAUCGGUGGAGGAAUCGUGGUUGUGGCCCUUUUGAAAACACCGCGAUUGGCUAAACAAUAUCCACUGAUAGUAGCACAGCAGGCGACUGCGCUAAUGAUAGGCUUAAGUAUGUUUUUGGCUGGAAUCGGGAGAAUCAUCAUAUUGGCGUUCGGGUAUGUUGAGCCAAGAAGUUCGCGAUUUUGUGUGUUGAUGCCUUGGAAUUUGCUCUCUACUUGGGCAGAACCAUCGUUACCAAUCAUGCUGCUCGUGAUUAGUCUUGAUCGAUUGCUGUCUUUGGUCGUACCUAUGACCUAUUUCAAGAGCAGUUUUAAACUUCAGAUUAUUCAGGGCGAGGCACAGCGAGUCUUCGAAGAACGUCAACGCCAGCUAACGUUCACCAUGUUGAUCACAUGUCUGUUCACAGUGGUUUUCUAUGCGGUACCGAGUGCAGUUGUAUUCAUAACGCACAACACCAAAGACUCAUCACUCGAAAUCAUCCUCCGCUGGUAUGGCAGAAUCUCCGAGGACAUCACUUGCCUCGUCAUUAUUCUUAUCCUCUAUUUCAAACAACCAGAUAUUGCCAAAGCUAUCAAGAACAUGUUCAGAUGUAUUAAGUCUGUGCAUCGUUCUGGAACAACUGUUGUUUGUUGA